AUGAAAGAUUAUAAAAAUGAAUUAAAAGUAAAAAUAAAUUUAGGAGAACACUUAAGAUUAAGUAUUCCAGGAUUAGUAAAAAAAAUAAUGUAUAAAACCCAUUAUUUAGAAAUCCAAGUAGAAAAAGAAAAAAUGCUAACAGUCUUAAAAUAUUUAAAAGAAGCAUCAAAAUAUCAAUGUAAUAUGUUAUUAGAUAUAGUUUGUGUAGAUUGUUUAAAUAUAGAGGAAAUAAAAAUCGGAAGAUUUAAAUUAAUAUAUGUAUUAAAUAGUAUAUAUAAUAAUACAAGAGUGCAUUUAAGUACCUAUGUAGAAAAUAAUGGAAUAAUAGAAACAACAAGUGGAUUAUUUGAAUCAAGUGUCUGGUUAGAAAGAGAAAUUUGGGAUAUGUUUGGAAUUUAUUUUGAAAAACAUCCAGAUUUAAGAAGAAUUUUAACGGAUUAUGGAUUUGUAGGAUAUCCAUUAAAAAAAGAUUUUCCAAUAACUGGAUAUUUAGAAGUAUAUUAUGAUGUAAAUGAUAAAAAAAUAAUUUAUAAACCAAUAGAAUUAAUGCAGGAAUAUAGAAAUUAUAAUUUUGGAGCAGUAUGGGGAGAUUACGAAAGAAAAGUAUAUUUAGAAAAUAUAAUAAAAUAA